AUGCCUCCCAGAAUACGGCUGCCGUCGGCAUCAACACCAUCGCCCGUCCGCGUCCGCACCUACAACCACGCCCAGCGCCUCGCACACUAUCAGCAAUCGUCACAAUGCAGCCGCCGUACCUACGCCAGCCUGGCCACGGCCACCACGCCGGCGCCGUCGUUUGAGCAGGCGACGCAGGCCACGGCGCCCAUCGCGCGGCACCCGCCCACGCAGCCGCCGUCGUACAAGCCGGCCGACUUCCGCAAGACGCAGCUGAUGCGGCAGUACACGUCGCUGCUGCGGUCGACGCCGCUGACGCUGCUGUUCCAGCACAACAACCUGCGCGCCGUCGAGUGGACGGGCAUCCGGCGCGAGCUGGCCAAGGCCCUGCGCAAGGUCGACGAGGAACUCGCCGCGGCUGGCAACCAUGCGGAACCCAUGGAGAACUCGAUCAAGAUCCACACGGUGCAGACGGGCAUCUUCCGCGCGGCGCUGCGCCUAGUCGAGUUCUACGAUCCGGUCCUAGCGCAGGAACUGGCAUCCACGCAGCAAACCCCACCACCCAGCUCCCCCGCCACGCAGAGCAGCAAGCAGCUCCCCGCCUCGGACGCGGACUACAAACACACGCUCUCCACCCGCGCCCACACCAUCGCCGGCGACCGCAAGAAAAAGCACGAGCUCGAAGUGCUCCUCUCCGGCCCCAUCGCCACCGUCACCUUCCCCGUCGUCUCGCCGCAGCACCUGGCCGCCGCGCUCUGCAUCCUCGCGCCCAAGGCGCCGGACUUCCCGGCGCCGCGCCGCAAGGCUAACCCGGAUUACCACGAACCCGCCGUGCAGGCGGGAUUGCAGAAGCUGAUGCUGCUGGGCGCCCGCGUCGAGGGCAAGGUCUUUGACCAGGACGGCACGCGCUGGGUCGGCGGUAUUAAGGGUGGUUUGGAUGGAUUGCGCGCGCAGCUCGUGCAUAUGCUGCAAAAUGCCGGUGCGCAGGUCACGAAUGCGCUUGAGGGGGCGAGUAGGAGUCUUUACUUCACGGUUGAGAGUAGGAGGUUGGAUAUGGAGGAGAAGGAGAACCCGACGAAGAAGGAGGGGGAGGGCAGCGCUUAG